CCGUUCGACAUCACUUCCGCCCAUCUCCCUCCCACAAAAGUCACUUCCGCUCGUCUUCCCCUUCCCUCCUGACGUCACUUCCGUUCGCCUCACAAGAUGGCGGCGGUCACAGUGCGGUGUUUGCGGUUGGCCCGCUCUCCGUGGGCCUCGGGCCCGGUUCGGUUUUACCGAGCGGCUCCUCUGCGGCGCCGCUUGGGGCCUCCGCCUCUCACCGACCCGGAGAAUCAACGGGAGGCGGCGAAGCAUUUCGGACGGCUCGGGGCGGCCUCGGGGGUGGCGGUGGAACGGCUGUGGCCCAGCCCCGAACGGUUGCGGGAGAUGGAGGAGGAGGAACGGGAGUGGUGUCCGUCACUGCGGGAGAUGGAGGCGGCGCUGGAGCGGAAGGAGCGGGAAGAGCGGCGGCUGCGGGAGGAGAGGUGGGGGGUGGGAGGGGCACCGGGACGAGGGGAAUUGGCACCGUGAAAAACGGGGGAGAAG